UUCCUCGUGCAGAUGAGUGUGUAAAGUGCAGGGAGAACUAUCAUUAUCAUCAUCAUCAUCAUCUGAAGGGGGGGGGGGGAGAAAAAAGAGGGGGCGAGAUGAGGAGACCCCCCCGGGCUGCUCUGCGAGUGGUUUUCCUGGACUACCUGGCCUUUUACCGCACCCGCUGGUCGGAAGGGAAACUUUGCAUUUGCAACGAAGCGGCUGUCAAGGCUCCCGCCCGGCGCUUCCUGGCUUCCCGGUCCUGCCCUGCGGGGGGCUCUAGCCAAUUCAACGUGCCCCGCAUCGCGGAGCAGUGCCUAAAGAAGGAGCAGGGAAGGCUGGUCUUCCGAAAGCUCCUCAAAGCUUUCGAGUUCCUGGAGCUUCUCUGCGUGAACCUUUUCCUCUCCCCUUGGAGGAAAGAGAUCAAGUCUCUGAAGACUUUUACAGGAAACUUUGUCUACUGUAUGCAGUCCGUUCUACCAAAAUGCGUUGUGGAAGAACUGCUAGAGAAAAUAGGCUACGUCGCGACAACAGCAACAGAAUUUUCCCUUGUUGGGAAGCUGAAUGAGGAAGAUGCUGAGCAGGCCGCAUUUGAAAUAUUCCUUGCAAGAAUUGAAUGUGAAGACCUCCUGGAAAUCACCAAAGAUGUACGAGACAGUGACUUGGGGGAUGUCUUACAGAAGAGAGCCCAAAAGUAUUUGGGUCCGGAAGGAGAGGUGGAUGGAAAGUAUCAACCCUCCCAUGGGAAGGAGUAUGUGUUGAACAGAGGAGGAAAUAAGAGUUCAGAAAACUUCUGUUCUCCGCAGAUAUGCUGGACGAAUGACCAUCUGGCUUCUGAGGAAGUUGAAAAUACUGAGCUUGGAGGGAAACCUAGUCUAAUGGGGACUUCAACUGACCCUCAAGAGGUUCUUUCUGAUUUCAACAGCGAGCAAAACUCAAACCAAAGUCAAGGAGACGCCUCAGUGUUCUCCAGUGUCAAAAGCUCAGACAAUGAGGACUUCUUGACAAAAUAUAGUGACAUUGUAAUUGGCCAAAAGCCUCUCCACCUUACCAGUCUCCCCCUGAAAGCGUCAGAGGAUCAAAGCCAGUCCACUGGACUCAUUAGGACCACCCUGGGGAUACCGCCAAGCGCAUCACCCUUGCAAACUGUGCUGUCCCCCAAUGCCAGCGGCCCGCAAGCCUUAGCCAUUCUGAAUGACGUUGCUCUAGAAGGCAGGGAAGUCUCUCGUUGCUACAGGACCCAAGAAUCCUCACAAGAGACAACUGAAUCAAAAAUCAGAGAUGCCAUGAAUUGCACGUCCAUCUGUGGAUCACGUAUAGUGGACCAGCCCAAAGAACUGAAAGGGGAGAGUUCUGUACAGCCCAGCAAUAAAUUGCACAUUGUGAUGAGUUUGUCAAGAGAAGACCCUUAUACCUGUAAUCAACUAAAAGUCAAAGAAGGCAGUGAACGCGGACUCAUUUAUCCUAUAGAAGAAACCACCCAAGCAGAAUCCGUAACCUACAACAGACCUCAGGAAUGUAAUUCCUCUAGGGUGAAACCUGCCAAUAUACCUGGGGAGGAUAAAGAAGAUUUCAGCAUAGACCUCUAUUCAGCAGAUCAGUUCCCUAACACCACUGAAUAUGCAUAUCCCCCUGGUUGGAAGUCCGACAGACUUUCAAUGGGUGUUUCAAGCCCACAUCAAGCUCCAGAGCGCCACAGAUAUACAGGAGAUCGUCCUGGCUCAACUUGUACCAUCCUUCCCAGCAGUAGUGAGGGUCACUUCUUUCCUGCUAACAUUCCAGAUCUGCAGGACAGGGGGGGCCUUGAAGGACAUUCUCUGCAGCCUUCUUUCACAGAUGAAGUCAGCUUUCCAACUUGCGUUGUAAAGAUAAAUGAAACCAACCCAGAAGGCUUUGUCCUCAUAAGCAAAGACCAGGCAAUAGGUUCACAAGCAUCUCAAUUUCGUACUUGAGAAACUUCCAUAUCCAAAUAACAAGCAGGUUUUCUAGAAAUGGAUGUGAUGGAGAUGUGGCAAACUGUUGGACCCAGCUAUUAUUUCUCUCUGCAGCCAUGUCAUGCCAAAACCUCAGUAGCAAUUAGGAAGUGGCGUACAGCGAUUCAUUCAGCUCUGAUCUCCUGUCCACUCUGCAAUCUCUUCUACUUUGACCCCAUAUUUAACACCCUGUUUGUUACAGGAUGGGAUGCCUAAUAGAAGAGCCACCAGGGGGAGAGGAUCAAACUGGAAGGGGUAGGAACAGCCCCUUUCUUUCAAUUUGGGGGUCUACAAAGUAUCAGAGAACCCAAAAUAUAUCCUGCAUUAAGACAGACCUGAACAGAUAGUGUGUGAACAAGGAAAACCUUAUUCUACCUUAAUUAUUUUUCCUCCAUCCCUGGCCUAAGUUAAGCAAAGACUAUUUUCAUUUUUUGGCUCUGAGGUUAUGGAAAGAACGGCAACUUGUUUUUGCUUGCUCCCUUUUAAUGUUGAGUCACUUCACACCAACAUAUUGUACCUUAAAAAGGGAAAAAUGUAUUGUGUGGAAUGUAAUUGAAUAGCUGCAGUGUCCUUGACUACCUAGAGGUUUUCUUAGAUUCUUUAAAAAUUAAUGGUGGUGAUUCUGAACUGGGAGUCGGGACCGAAAAGUUUCUUCCAUUCUGUGCCUCUGUCCGAUAGUAACUUUAUUUGUUCUACGGGUGAAAUAUAAAAGGGUAUUCUUGGAAAUUUAGUUCUAGAAAAAUCAUCAGACAGUGGCUUGUAACCAACCAAAUGGUUAACUUAAAGUUAUUUGAGUGGUCUUGUGAGGUGAUUUUGAGAGAGCUACCCAGAAUUUUUUCCCUGGGUGGCUGCACUAAACAGGGGAAUUGGGAAAACUCACUACCACCUCUUAAGAAAACUUAAGUAUCUUUUUUGUUAACUUCUUUUUUAGAUAUACCACUUGUAUUGUAAUGCAUUUACAUACCAUUUUACCGGUUAUUUCUCCAAUGCAACAUUAACCCAAAAUGGCUUUGUGUGCUUACUUCCAUGGUAGAAUCCCUUAAAAUUAGUUUAAAGCUCCUUCCCCUGUUGCUCUCAAGCAAAUGGAAUGAAAAUUCAGUUAAAACACGGCCCACUUAAAAGCUCAACAGGUUGCCAGAUUUUGUGUAUAGUGGAAGCGAGAACACUUAUGAAAGGAUCAGUUUUAUUUCUGAAAUAUCUCUGUACGCACUUGCGGAAAAUAAAGUCAGAAUAAAGUUUGCAAAA